AUGGACGCUCUCAAGCUGAAGCGCAAGGCAGAAAGAGCGCAAUUAACGCGCCUUAUCAACGAGAUUGAGGCAACUAUCGACCAAGACGCUGUUACGGAAGAACAGCUUUGCAUUCUCACCGAUCGCCUCACGCAACUUCACACCGACUUGCGAGCCACUGACUCAGCCAUCGUUCCUUUGUUAUCAACCACGGAAGCGGAGGCAGAGUUUGACCGCGUUGUGGAAUACAACGAUCGAGCCACAGCGACGUCAGCGAAGCUCAAGUAUCGGUUACGUCGGUUUCACGAAUCCCAGAACAGGCCUCUACCAGAGACACCAACCGAACCCGUGCAACGCACGCACCAGCCCGCCGUCCAGCUCCCAAAGGUCGACCUCAUGAAGUUCGAUGGCCAAACGUCAUUGUGGACGCCCUUUUGGGAGCAGUUCAGCCAACUGAUCCACAACAACGGUGGACUCACCGACGUAGACAGAUUCACCUAUCUACGUUCGGUCCUGACCGGCGACGCGGCGUUGGCCAUCGCGGGACUUCCGGCAACUGCAAGUUGCUACGCUGAAGCACUGGACAUUCUGAAAAACCGAUUUGCCAAGACCGAUGUGAUAAUUCAAACUCACAUGCAACGACUCAUCGACAUACAGCCCGUGCGAUCCUCCAACGACCUUCAAGGACUGCGAUGCCUCUACGACACGGUGCAGUCCCAAACACGUGCCCUGAAGUCUCUCGGAGUACCAGAAGACAAUUAUUUUGCAAUGCUCUACCCCAUCCUCCUGAAGUCGCUUCCACACGACAUAGUCAUCGACUUCAACAAGACCAUCGCACGCCAAAGUACACAGCAAAGAGGACAAGGUGGAAACACGGGCCAGCACUCUCAGGAACUGAAGCAACACCCAGCGCUGUUUCUACUGGCCCUCAAGACUCCUGCUUUGCUGGGAUACCCUCCCUCCAGAGCCUGCUAUGGAGGGGAUGGUGCUGGACCCGUCUUGUGCCAGGGACAGACCUCCCGCUGCAAGGAAGCGCCUCAGCUCUUCAGUGGCAUCAGAAGCUGCCGAUUCCGAGUCCGAUGUUAA